AUGUGCUCCAAGAAGCUGGCCGCGACUCUCGAGCGCGAACUCUGGCGCACGAAACAGCAUCCCCUCGAUGUGGACCUUUACACGGUCGAUAUCGAGAUACCGUCCAACCAAGAGGCAUGGGAAUUGCUGCGACGAGAGAGUCAUCGAUGGCGCACCCUUUCCUGCUCUGAGGCCUGCACCGUCAGCUGUCUUCGUGAACCCAUCUCGUGCCCCGCGCUAGAGACGACAAAGGCUGAAUUGAUACUCCCGGAUAUGCCGCGCACCGCUGGCUACAGCAACCCCUCUGGCGAAAUCCUUGUCUUCAGCCACGUACGCCAUGCAUUGAACGUCCGUCGUGUUGGCGUGUCGGUUAUGGACCAUUACGACCCAAUGCGGAUACGCUUUCCGGAUUGCUGGCGCCUCACCCAUCUGACGUUGACGAUAUUCUUUGGCGAGAACGUCAUAAAUCUUCUCCGGAAAGUCAUGGAGCAGGUGUCACCGACUCUGGAGGUCCUCAGAAUCUCUGUAGACGAGGGAAUGGAGCUCACGAGGCCGACCAGUCCAUUCGCUUAUCCCUUCUCGAAACUCCGUAAGCUCGAGUUGCAUCAGGAGGCUUUCUGCUUCAUCACGCUCAUUGAAGCACCCGUUCUCGCCUUUAUGCGCGUCAAAGACGCAAAUCUCGGCGAAAUAGAGGACUCCGAUAGCUUCCCGACGCUCUCGGAAGCGCUCGGGAAGGUCGCCGGGUUAAAGACGCUAGCCAAGCUCGAGCUGAUUUGCGCAGAUGUCGAAGAUGCAUCCGCAUUGCUCGCCACCCUGCGGGAACUGCCCAGCAUAGAAUGGCUUCGUCUGGCGGACAUUCCUCGUCAUUCAGGAUGCCUGCUCUCGCAUGACAUGCUCGCUGGCCUGACGCGUGGGGGCACUUCUGAUGACAGCGUCGAUACCCCACUCAACGCACUCUGCCCGCUUCCGAACCUCAGCACACUCUUCGUCUACUUCGAAGAAUUUGACGCGGAGGAUGAGGAAGCCGAGGUCGCGGCAUCACUUCGCAGACUGGCGCUUUCCCGGCAUCCGAGCGUCGUCCACCAGGAGGACGAGGGUAGCAACUCCCUGCGGCCUCUCGACGCCUUCCACGCUACAUACGAAAGAGGAGAACACUUUGCUGCAGAUGUAGUCCCAUCCUGGGGCGAAAGAUUUGAGGAGGAUAAAGAAUGGGACGAGGACUGA